AGAAUUUUACUAGCACUAGGACCCUGGAGGAGACUGGGACUCCUGUGGUGGUGGGGCAGGCCAGGCAGGCUGACUGGCUGAGCUGUGUAACACACAGUCCUGCUCAGAGAGAGUGAGAGUGAGAGAGAGAGAGACAGAGAUCUGAGAGCAGAGAGAGAGAGAGAGAGAAGGGGAAGAGAGAGAGACUACAGGAACGCAGUCAGUUGCCUGUGCUGCUCAGUACCAGAAACAGGGAGCUGGGGAGGAAAUGGAGGGGCUCAGGAUCAUCGGCGGGAACUGACAUUACAGACCAGGAGAGGAGAGGAGAGGGAGAACUAUUGGAGAGGAGAGGAGGAAAGGAAGGGGCUCGUCUGCACAACAGAAGAUUUCUAAGGAGAGAGUCCAGGGUUGAAUGGGACCCACUAUGCCGCCCAGUAAGAAGGCCAGGAGCCAGAACAACGGAUUAGUAGCCACCCAGGGUCUGAGUCCUUUCUACAGGGAGGCGGAGGCAACAGACCUGUCCUUGUCCCUGUCGGCCUCCUUCUCCAAGGCCGAGGACGAGGAGCUCACCAGCCUCUCCUGGCUCCACGAGAGCACCAACCUUCUCAACAGCUUCUCUCACUCGGGGCUCCGCUCCGUCUCCCCCCUGCAAGAUCCUGAUGGUCACCCCCUACCCCCCCUCUCCCCUUCCUCCUCCUCCCCCUCCCCCGAUCCAUGUGACUCCUCUUCCUACGACAUGGCCACGGGAGCCAAUAGGAAGCCCCCAUAUUCCUUCAGCUGCCUAAUCUUCAUGGCAAUAGAGGAUGCGCCAUCCAAGAGGCUACCGGUGAAAGAUAUCUAUGGUUGGAUCCUGGAGCAUUUCCCCUAUUUUGCUAGCGCCCCUGCUGGCUGGAAGAACUCGGUGCGCCAUAAUCUGUCGCUCAAUAAGUGUUUCAAGAAGGUGGACAAGGACAGGAGUCAGAGUAUAGGUAAAGGCUCGCUGUGGUCCAUAGAUCCAGAGUACAGACACAACCUGAUCCAGGCCUUGAAGAAGAUGAUGUGUCUGUGUGUUUACUUGUGGUCUGGUUUGUCCCCCUACUGGUUUCUGAGGGGACUGGUUACCCCCUUCACCUCUUCUCUCACCUCUCCUCAGGCAUAUCACAGUCCUCUACUUUGGCCAAGGAGUCCCUUCAUCAGAAAGAAUGGAGUUCUCUUACAAGUUUCUCAAGGCGUGAUCCAAAAUGGGGCCUGCGUCAGGAGCCAUUGUCUGUUUCCUGUCAUCCGACCCCUACCCAUUAGCACCGUGGGCAGAAGGACCACUGCGAUAAGGUCAGCUCUGGGAGACUACCUGACCCCCUGUGACACCUCCCACCCUCCCAGCGACGACCUCCAGGAGGACCACAACUACAGCAAUGCCAAAUCCCCCAGCAUGCCCUGUUCUUCCCAGGGGCCCUCCGUGUCCGACGAAGACGAUGAAAUCAUUGCAGUGGAGGUGGGAGUCCACCGAGGGGUCAAAUCCGAACCUAAAGAAGUCCCACUGGACUCUGCCUCCGUCUCCUUCCUAUCCCAGCAUGCCCGGCGACGGGGACUGCCCUGGACCAAAAACCGCCUGCGGGCCCUGGGUGACACACUGCCGCUGAAGAAGCGCCGUUCGGCAGCAUCGGCAGAGAAGCCGCCGUUGGAGAGCGAUGAUGAGGAGAUGAAGGAGGCGGCUGGGUCGUUGCUCCACCUGGCGGGAGUCAGGGCGUGCCUCAACAACAUCACAAACCGAGCCAAGGCUGCUCAGAAAGAGAAGGAGCAGAAAGAGGCCCUCAGAAACUAACUAAUGCCAGGCCAUAGAGAGGCCUACACAUCAGGCCUGUACACCUGGCCUACACACCUGUCCAGCACACCUGGACUACACACAUAUCGCCAUGGCCUAGAAAGUAAUAGCUGAGACACGCCACAAAGACCAACGGCUAAAAGCAGUGUUACAAGGUGUGUUAACAAUCACCUGCUGGGUGUUGACAAAUGGUGGAGAUUCAACAUGUAGAAACGUUGUGAAAUGAACAGAAAAGGACAGCAGAUAUUCUGGUAAGAUUAGAUAGGAAGGACACCAGCUGCUUCUAACCAUUGGUGGUGUGUUGUGUCUCUGAUGCCUGAUUCCCACUAUUGACCCAAACUAAAGCCUAAACUGUGCUGGCUCUGAACAUUUAUUUACAGAGUGUCCUUUCCAGCAUGGUUCCAGCAGCAACUAUGGUGGAUGAGGGUAACCAGGCCAGGAAGCUCCAGUACAUCUCGGCUUGGCUCAGCUCAACUUUGGCUUCCAUAGUGUGAAAAGGGUAUAUGGCCAGGCCUGAGCACAGAGUCCUUCAGUAGGACGACACACCAGGUCUACACACUGACCUAUCAACCACCAACGGGCCAAGACAAAGAACUCUAUUCAAGCAUUAGUCUCAAUAGACAUUACUUCAUCUAUCUCUCUCACUCUAUCUCUCUCUAGCUCUCUUUCUCUCCUCCAGGGGCAUUAGGAGCAUCCUACUUAUUUGUGGCAAUAUCAGAAACCAUGUUUUCCUAUACGUUUCCUAUACGUUUCCUAUAUGUUUCCUAUAAGUUUCCUAUAUGUUUCCUAUAUGUUUCCUAUAUGUUUCCUAUACCUUUCCUAUAUGUUUCCUAUGUGUUUCCUAUAUGUUUCCUAUACGUUUCCUAUACGUUUCCUAUAUGUUUCCUAUAAGUUUCCUAUGUGUUUCCUAUAUGUUUCCUAUAUGUUUCCUAUACGUUUCCUAUAUGUUUCCUAUACGUUUCCUAUAUGUUUCAAUGCUAACUCUGAUGGGUAAUUGAUUCUCAUGUGUCUCUGUUGAUGUUUUUAUGUUGUGUAAAGGGAUGCAAGCCAUAGAAAAAUAUGUUUUGUCCCUAAUUAGGGAAAAACAUAGUAGAAAAUGUCAUGUUUGAGGAGACUAGCUGACCGUUUUGUGUAAUCUGUAAGUGUCAGAGGUUACGUCUGUGAAUCUGUAGCAAAUGUCCAGUAAUGUAAGCAAGGAAGUUGAGCCAAUAAUACUUACAGUUUUAAAACAGGUAAAACCUGCUGCUCACACAUCCUAUGCCCAUGAGCACAACAUGUAAGACUGUGCCAAAGACAAGCGACCGGGUUGCCUGAUGUAGCCAAUCUGCUUACAAAGACAAAUGUAAAGGCAUAGCAUGGUCAUGUAUGGCUCAGUUGGUGGAGCACGGCUGUUGCACCACCUAGGGUUGUGGAUUCAAUACCCGUGGCUACCCGCAUAAAUUGUAUUCAUGCACGACUGUACGUUGCUUUGGAUAAAAGCAUCUGCCCAAUGGCAAUAUAGUAUUACAUCAGAAAAUCUUCAGAGAAGAGACAGGAGAAUACCGUAAAUGUCUAAACAAUUGUAAAAAUCUGUUCUUAGAGAAUCACGCAUGCACUUAAUUGACAUUCAUUACAGCUAUUUCUAUUACCAAUAGUAAAGACAUCACGGAGAAUGGGGCACGAUUCCUUUAAGAGCACUUUUUAAUAUUUAAGGAAAAUUAGAACUUUACUGUUACAAUGUUUUUGUUGUCAUGGUGACGACUUAGUGCCGGGUCAGAGGCAAUAUAUCUCCUCCAUCUUGUGCUUGUUGCUCAUAUGCAUCUGAAAUUGCACCCUAUUCCCUUUAUAUUGCACUACCUUGUCCAGAGCGUCAUGGGCUCUGGCCAAAAGUAGUGCACUAUAUAGGGAAUAGGGUGCCAUUUCAGACACAGUUUCACUUAGACUAUGUCCCUCAAACUCUUCCAGUAUUUCUCUUCUAUUAAAAAGUGAAUGUCAGUUUAAAUAUACCCCAUGUUACGACACCUGCCUAUCAUUUAACAGACUCACAAAACUAUUUACAUAAAUUGUGGAUUCGUUGUCGUUUUAUCUCUGUUUGAAAUGUUUCCCAUUCUUUCUCUACCUACUCUCAUAAAAGUAUAAGCAAUUUGUCCAGUCUGGACAACUGUAAAAAGGUUAGAAAAUAUUUUAUUUUUCCUUUCUUAAUUGAAGCAAUUUGACCUGCAGGACUUUCUCAGUUAUAUUGCAUGGGUGCUUGUAAAUAAGAUACAAAAGUAAAUCAUUUUUUAUUCAAAGAUCAUGUAAUAUAAACAAUGUAUUUAGCAUGAAGCAUGACUUAUUUUCAUAUAAACUUAGAUCCUACAAGAGAAAACUAAGUUUUUGCAGACAAUUCUUAUACCCUCGAUUUUUGUUUAAUUUAAUUCGAUUUUUUUUGUUGUAAAUUGAUAAUUGUAUUUCUUCAGAUGAGCAGAUUUAUAAAGACAAAUCUUCUUCAAGGAGAAAUGUUAUGGGGAAAUCACUCUGGCCCUUCUACUCUGGGCUUUAGGUAUAACAGACCUGGGUUUAAAUACUAUUUGAAAGCUUUCAAAUACUUUGAAUGACCUUGAGUGCCAGAUGGGCGGGGUUUGUACUUUGGGACUUUUCUAUUUGUUCCAUUGAGGCAAGCCCUAUCAAGCACAGCCCAAGUAUUUUACAUUAUGUCAAAUAGUGUAGUGUUUAAACCCAUGUCUGUUAGGUAUAAGGCUAGAUUGAAAAGCCUCUAGUGUGGUUUUCAGUCUUCUGCCUCUUAAAAGAUAAAUAUGUCAAUGGUCUAGUGUUUUUCAGAAGUUAUCAAUAGUGUGUGUGUGUGAGUGUGUGUCCAACAACCAUACACCCUUUAGCAUUGUGCCUGUUCUCAAGGCGUUGUGUUCCGAUGUCUUUGAUUGACAUUAUUUCAUAUUGAACAGCACAUAUUUCUUUAUUUAUCACAGUAUUUUCUCAUCUUGUGAAUAUGUUACUAUUGGGUCCGAGUUUUCUCCUGGCAGAAACCUCAGUGUAAACUGAUGGGGUAUAAGGAACUGUUUAACAUGAAAUUUAGAAUUCGUCAGAAUGUUCAGAACAAGUUCCACUGUUCUAAUUGGCUCCCUAGUCUACACCAGAUUAGCAUAGGCAAACCUUUUGUUCAAAGUUAUGUCAGAUACAAUAUAUUAAUGUAUGACUCAAUAGAGCCUGUUUUUAUGGAUUAUUUACUUUGGAAAAAUGACAUUACAAAGGAAAAGUAUUAUAUAAUGAGCGAUGUUUAAACCCUGCCAAUUGUUUCAGUUUUGAGUGAUUCAGUACAUUUAGCCCUGCCGUAGAUGAUUAGUGUAAGCUAUAAUGAGAAUACAUUAAAGCCUUAGUCAGUUCAUGCUCUGGUAUGUUCAUAUAUACAUGCAUACAUUUAAAUGUCACCUUUAUUUAACUAGGCAAUUCAGUUAAGAACAAAUUCUUAUUUACAAUGACGGGCCUGCCUCGAACAACAGAUGUUUUAACUUGUCAGCUUGGGGAUUUGAUCCUCUAACCACUAGGCUACCUGCUGCCCAAAACUGUACAUACAUACAUACUGUACAUACAUACAUACAUACAUACAUACAUACAUACAUACAUACAUACAUACAUACAUACAUUGGAGUGAGAUAAUGAACAUGUUUCUGGUACAACCAGCAGAGGUAAUAGGGUUUGGACUGAGGUUAUGUGCAGAGUAGAGUCAGAGUAGAGUCAGAGAGGUCCAGAGAGAGUCAGAGUAGAGUCAGAGUAGAGUCAGAGAGGUCCAGAAAGAGUCAGAGUAGAGUCAGAGUAGAGUCAGACAGGUCCAGAGACAGUCAGAGUAGAGUCAGAGAGGUCCAGAGAGUGUCAGAGUAGAGUCAGAGUAGAGUCAGAGUAGAGUCAGAUAGAGCCAGAGUAGAGUCAGAGAGGUCCAGAGAGUGUCAGAGUAGAGUCAGAUAGAGCCAGAGUAGAGUCAGAGUAGAGUCAGACAGGUCCAAAGAGAGUCAGAGUAGAGUCAGAGUAGAGUCAGAGAGGUCCAGAGAUUGUCAGAGUAGAGUCAGAUAGAGCCAGAGUAGAGUCAGAGUAGAGUCAGAGUAGAGUUAGAGGUCCAGAGAGUGUCAGAGUAGAGUCAGAGUAGAGUCAGACAGGUCCAGAGAGUGUCAGAGUAGAGUCAGAGUAGAGUCAGAGUAGAGUCAGAUAGAGCCAGAGUAGAGUCAGAGUUGAGUCAGAGUAGAGUCAGACAGGUCCAGAGAGAGUCAGAGUAGAGUCAGAGAGGUCCAGAGAGUGUCAGAGUAGAGUCAGAUAGAGCCAGAGUAGAGUCAGAGUAGAGUCAGACAGGUCCAAAGAGAGUCAGAGUAGAGUCAGAGUAGAGCCAGAGUAGAGUCAGAGUAGAGCCAGAGUAGAGUCAGAGUAGAGUCAG